AUGGCCGACGGCGGGAAGGACCUUCCCGCGCCUCAACCGGAAGAUUGCCAGGCCUCGAGCCAGCUGCUGGACCGACGCGUCUGGCACAGUGGGCGCUUGAUCGGAGAGGAAGUCCCUGGAGAAUCUGAUCAGCUGGCCCUGGCGACUAAUGAUGCUAUGAUUCUGGACACUUGCCUCUCUAUCUACGUUUGGAUCAGGGAAGACGUCAACCAGAUGGAGAAAUCCAGAGCGGAGGAAUAUUUAAAGUCGGACCCUUCUGGUUGCCUGGGCAUCUCCAUCAGCAUCAUCGGACAGGACGCAGCCCGCCGAUGGAUGCCAGUGUUGUUUGCGGGCUCGUGCCUGGUGUACUGCGCCCGCAUGACCAUGCCUGUGUGCGCGGUGGCCAUGGCGGCCGACUUCGGCUGGAACAAGAUCCACACGGGCGUAGCGCUGGGCGCCUUCUUUUGGGGAUACUCCUGCACGCAGAUCUUGGGAGGUCACGCCAGUGACAUAAUUGGAGGCGAACGAAUGAUAUUCCUGUCAGCCGCGUCGUGGGCGUUAGUGACGGCGGCCACGCCCCUUCUGGCCCGCCUUGGCUCGCACACCUUGGCUCUCAUGACCAUGGCCAGAGUCCUCAUGGGAAUGCUGCAAGGCGUCUUCUUCCCAUCCUUGGUUAGUCUGGUAGCCCGACGUUCACCGGAAGGGCAAAAGAGCUUCUUGACUAGCAUCUCACAAAGCGGGAGCUCUUUGGGAAUCUUGCUUGCGGGCGUGCUGGGCUCCAUCAUGUUGGAGCGCUACGGUUGGGAAAGCGUCUUCUAUGCCGUGGCCUCGCUGUCCGCGCUCUGGGCGCUGCUCGUCUGGCGCCGUUUCCUCAAAGGCAGGCUUCUUUGCGAAAGAAGACAGGACUCCAGGUCCGAGAGUUUCUCCUGCACGCGUCUGUUGAACCUCCUAAGGAAACCCUGUGUCUGUGCUGCGGUGUUUGCUCACAUGUGCACGUGCGGCACCUCCUUCACACUACUGUCGUGGAUGCCCACCUACUUCAGCCAAGAAUACCCCCAUGCCACGACGUGGCAGUACAACGUCUUCCCUUGGGCGGCCGCCAUUCCGGUCGCUCUCUGCAGCGGACGUCUUUCCGAUUGGCUCAUCGGCCGAGGCUUCGGCGUGGCCUUUGUCAGAAAGUCCAUGCAGUUCAUCGCAAUGGGCGUGUCCAGCGCUUUUGUCCUGCCGCUGUCCACCGAGGUGUCUUUUCCUAUGGCCGUCGCCUGUAUUUCCGCCGCCAUGGUCGCGCUCUCCUUCACCACCUGCGGCGUCUCCGUCAAUGUGCAGGAUCUCGCGCCUACAAGUGCCGGAGCCCUCUAUGGUGUGAUGAAUACGCUAGGCGCUUUCACUGGUCUGCUAAUGGUGUCGCUGUCCGGCUACGCCGUCGAGGUGACCCGGUCGUGGGCGUCUGUCUUCACCCUGGUGGUCUCGGUCCACACGGCGGGACUGGCCGUCUUCGUCUACUUUGGAGAUGCUCGACCCGUGGACGUGGUCCAGGAGUCGGACUCCUCACCUCUCCUGUCAUUUGAAAAAGUGCAAGGACACUAA